GUUUUUUGAUGUUCAUGAAGUUGUUGGAUCUUGAUUUUGUACUUGAUGAUACAAAUCUGAGAAACAAUUGGCAGAAGAGAAAUCUCGUCCCAUGCCCUGGAGCCUGUGUUAGGGAAGAAAAGGGAUAUACUAGAUCUAUAGAUACGCUAAUACAACACUCAGUUUUUCGGCCUUGGUUGAUUGGUUAUCAUGGAAUGAAGACCAAAGAAAAGUGUGCAACCCGAUGUAUGCCUUUUAACAAAUACGGAAAUUGAAACUCGUUAAAUACUUUCGUUUUGAUGUGAAUAUCACGUUGUAUAUACGGUAACAGUUUUUUUCUCAAAGGCUUGUAGUCCAGUUUCUAGAUCAAAUGAUGUUACAUGUUUACCUAUGAUGGCUUUUUAAAAAAGAAAAACAUGCUAAUGCUGACUGCUGACCUUGAUAAUAGCGUCUGAUCUAUAAAUAGAAAUUGGAAAUUCAUUCUAUUAGAAAUGGUUUGAAGAUAGAAUUUCAGACUAAGUUGUGUCAGAAUUUCUGUGAUGCUGCAUGUGAAGAUUACGUAUCAUUUGUUGCUGUAGUUUAGGUGCCAUAAUUACGAAUUCUAUGGAUGAAUGAAAACAUUUGACAUCUGUACACGAUGUCGCGCAAAGAGUCUCAGAGGAACACACUACUUGAGGAUGUUGAAUCCCGGAAGUCAUCUGUGUCAGCAUCUGAGGCAGACGAACUGGAUACGUCAAGGGUGAGAUCAUACCAGAAACUUGUCCUGCUCAUGGUUGUAAUAUCUAUAGUUCUGUGUGCUGUGGUCCUUGUAAUGGCCAUCUUUUCUAUCAUGCAAACAUCAGAGGGACAGUUAUCUGAGACAGUGAGCACUAAACCAAUAGCCUGCAUUGAGUGCAAGAAACUGAUCAAAACUCCGUAUGACCUCUCUGAUGAGGACAGCCUCCUGGACUCACUAAGCCGAGAGUUUAUUGAAGGGCUGGAGAAAUGCUGCGCCUACAACAGUAAACAGCUCUCGUCUAUGUUAGAACUGACAAUGCGAAGGCAAGACGUAAAGACAGCCUCGUUGUCGUCAUUCAACGCAGCGAACUUCACAUUCAGCCCAGUGUCUGCUCACAAACGAAUGUAUGCACCUACAAAUCCUUAUCCUACUGUUGAAUACAUCAGACGAGUGCCAGUAUUUCCCAAAGAAACAGUCUAUGUUAUGUUUAAACAUGAAAACAGAAGCGACGAUCCAUUAAGAGAACAUGUCAGGGGCGUGGAAGUGCUGAAGGACGGCCUGAGGAUUAUCUACUCGGGAUUGUACUAUGUAUAUAGCAGCAUUCACUUCAGACCUGAAUCAGCAUAUCCUUGUCGUAACUUUACCUAUCAGACCUGGACUCAUAUCGUGGAAAGAAUGUCACCAAACAAUCCAAACCAAUCGGGUUGCUUGUUACGAACGUCCCACACCUGCUGUGACAGCUGCAGUAUGGACGAUGAAACUAGUUACACAGGCGGUGUAUUCUACCUUGCAGCAGGGGAUGUUCUACGUGUAGCUAUAGGCGGUCAUGGCUUGGUCUACUUCCAAACAAAGUCCAGUUUUGCUGGCCUGAUGAUGUUGGGAACUGGAAAUACAGAAGCAAAUUUAGAAAAAUACUUUUAAAUGAAAUUUCAGGUGUGAAAACCAAAUGCAAUACAAUGUAGCUUCCAAGGAUAAGCCUAUGUAUUAUAAUAGCCAAGAGAGUACUCUGAAAGAGACUAAAAGAGAACAUAUUAGUUGGAAAGUACAGUUAGUACUUCUACUAUUUAUGUUUUAAAUUGAAUAGUAAGUAACAUUAGUUUUGAGGUCUUUAAAUGGAGAUAAUUAUUAUAUUAAAAAAAAUUACCUUAAGUAACGCGUUGCUAAAAGAAAAAUCGAUUACGUAUUUAAAAUAUGGUCAAAUGUAACGCAUCUCUCUUCUGGUAUUUGAAUACCUUAAAGGUCAAUAUUUCUACACGUAUAUCUUCUUUUGAAAACUAAGGUGUGAGGUCGGAAGUAUUGUUUUUACUUAUAUAUAGUAUUUACAUUUUACAGUUCUAUUUUUUUUUUUAAAUUUAAAUGACAUCAUUAAUAAAUCUCACUAUAACAGAUAGAGAAAGAAGGUUCUAUACCAAAAAUACAUAGAGUUGGAUCAGAUACAGGUUAUAUUCCAAAAGACCUGAAACACGGUACGGGAAAAAACCAACACAUUAGCAGUAGGCCCUAAUGUCUCUGUAUUUUGCUCUAAUUGUGUGUAUUUAUUUAUGCUCUGAACUUGUAGUAGCUUAUACACCAGGUUUGUAUGGCACUUAGUGGAAGAAGUAAAUGAUGUCCUAUAUAUGUAAAAAUUAACCCUUUUCCUUUUAAUAUGUUAGGUCACUUGUGAAGAGGUUACAUUAUCAGAUUUAAAACUAAACAAUAUUAAAAAAGGUUUCAGUCUACAAUUAGAUCCGUAGCUAUUUAGUUUACACAGACUCGCCUUAUUUUCGUUCCUUUUGUGAUUGCAGUCACAUUCUACUACAAUUAACUAUUUGAUUGGAAUGAUAUUUUUAAUAACUAUCAUUAUUUUAGAUCAUUUUUUAAAGAUAAUAUUAACUAGGGCUUAUUUAGAGAUGUUAUUUUUAAAAUAAGCAGACCAAAGUAAUUCGUUUGCCGAAUAGUUUAAAAUGUUUACACUUUAAAAAAAAUGGGUUUUACUUUUGCUAAAAACGUGAUUCUUAUGCAAUUAUUUCAUUAUUUUUACUGAUUCAUCCAAUCUUUAGAUCACAGAACUAAAAAAAAAGUAUAGAUAUAAAUAGGGCCUACCGUCUAGACUGUAAGUCUUCCUCUUCAGCUAGAUCUACUCUAGUCGAGAUUUAUAUUUGAAAAUAUGUAUUGUUAGAGAUUUACAAAGACUAGAAAUAAAAGUUAAAGUAUAAAUACAGUUUUCACUAGAGUCUGUGAUUUAAAUGUACUUGGCCUCUUUCAGUCACCAAGUGACUAUUGAAUAUCUCAUACAAAGACAUUAACAGUGAGUCUAUAUACGCAGUGGGAGUAGUGCAUACUGAAGCAUAGUCUCCUAAUUAUUGUCAAAAUUUUCAACUCAUUAAAUGUGCGUAAUAUUGCGACUGACACACACACACACACGCGAUAGUGUAGCAACCUAACCCUUUCUCUAUCAUACUAUUUCAGAAGAAAAAAUAAUGUGCUUAAUUUAUUUCAAUGUUCACAUAUUUUAUGAACAGAAAUGUUAUUCUACGACUAAAUGGUUUUAAAAAAUUAACCCUAAAACGAUCUUUUUCUGUAGCGAUUAUUGAUUGUUUAGCUCUAAAUAAGAAACAUCAGGCAGAAAGAACUCUCGUUUUGAAAGGUCAAGCUCAAAGCAAAGAGACAUGCACUUGCUCUGGAUGUAUAUCUAGUGCUAGUGGCGUCAUAAAGUAGCGACGUCGUUGUUCAUGUCUGCUUGCUGGGGAAAAAUGCCCCAAGAUACACAGGACCACUGCACACUUCUUUAAGUGGCACAAACAAUGAAGAUAUGACAAUGUUCACAUGCUUUCUUUAUUUGUAUACUCUAAUUACAUAUACUAAAUGUUUACAAUAAAAUAUUUUAGAUUCCAACAAA